GCGCGCCGGUUCCCUCAGGGCCUGGUUUCCAGCUAGGGAGUGGGGGACAGAGGGCUUCGUUUGCCCUGGCAGCCUCCUUCCCGACCCGGGAAGUGGCUGGACCUUGGCUGCGCCCCGGGCCGGUUCAUCGCUGAGUUUGGAACGCUGGGCCCGAGGGGCCUGGCCGCGCCACGGAGCGGAGUUGGCAUUUCCAGAUUGGGGCUUGGGCUGCCCCUCCUCCUGAACCCUUCCCUCAGGACCGCGCAGGGCGCCGCGGGCUCUCCUGGCACUAAAAGGUGGACAAGUCCUAUUUUGAAGAGAAGAUGACUUUUAACAGUUUUGAAGGAUCUAAAACUUGUGUACCUGCAGACAUCGAUAAGGAUGAAGAAUUUGUAAAAGAGCUUAAUAGAUUAAAAACUUUUGCUAAUUUUCCGAGUAGAAGUCCUGUUUCAGCAUCAACGCUAGCACGAGCUGGUUUUCUGUAUACUGGUGAAGGAGACACUGUGCGGUGCUUUAGUUGUCAUGCAGCAGUAAAUAAAUGGCAAUAUGGAGACUCAGCAGUUGGAAGACACAGGAAAGUAUCCCCAAAUUGCAGAUUUAUCAAUGGCUUUUAUUCUGAAAAUAAUGCUGCACAACCUACAAAUCCUGGUGUCCAAAGUGAUCAGUACAAAGCUGAAAAUGAUCUGGGAAACAGAAAUCAUUUUGUUUUAGAUAGGCCAUCUGAGACUCACGCAGACUAUCUUUUGAGAACUGGACAGGUUGUAGAUAUAUCAGACACAAUAUACCCAAGGAACCCUGCCAUGUGUAGUGAAGAAGCUAGAUUAAAGUCAUUUCAGAACUGGCCAGAAUAUGCCCACUUAAACCCAAGAGAGUUAGUUAGUGCUGGGCUCUACUACACAGGUAUUGAUGAUCAAGUGCAGUGCUUUUGUUGUGGUGGAAAACUGAAAAAUUGGGAACCUUGUGAUCGUGCGUGGUCAGAACACAGGCGACACUUUCCUAAUUGCUUUUUUGUUUUGGGCCGGAAUGUUAAUAUUCGAAGUGAAUCUGAUGUCAUGAGUUUUGAUAGGAAUUUCCCAAAUUCAACAAAUCCUCCAAGAAAUCCAACGAUGGCAGAUUAUGAAGCACGGAUCAUUACUUUUGGGACAUGGACAUACUCAGUUAACAAGGAGCAGCUAGCAAGAGCUGGAUUUUAUGCUUUAGGUGAAGAUGAUAAAGUAAAGUGCUUUCACUGUGGAGGAGGGCUAACUAAUUGGAAGCCCAGUGAGGACCCUUGGGAACAACAUGCUAAGUGGUAUCCAGGGUGUAAGUAUCUGUUAGAAGAGAAGGGACAGGAGUAUAUAAACAAUGUUCAUUUAACCCAUUCACUUGAGGAGUCUACGGGAAGAACUGCUGAAAAAACACCACCAUUAACUAAAAUAAUUGAUGAUAACAUCUUUGAAAAUCCUAUGGUACAUGAAGCUAUACGAAUGGGGUUCAGUUUCAGGGACAUUAAGAAAAUAAUAGAGGAAAAAAUUCAGACAUCUGGGAGCAACUAUAAAUCACUCGAGGUUCUCGUUGCAGAUCUGGUGAAUGCUCAGAAAGACAAUACACAUGAUGAAUCAAGUCAGACUUCAUUGCAGAAAGAGAUUAGUACUGAAGAGCAACUAAGGCUCCUGCAAGAGGAGAAGCUUUGCAAAAUCUGUAUGGAUAGAAAUAUUGCUGUCGUGUUUAUUCCUUGUGGACAUCUGGUCACUUGUAAACAAUGUGCUGAAGCAGUUGAUAAAUGUCCCAUGUGCUACACAAUCAUUACUUUUAAGCAAAAAAUUUUCAUGUCUUAAUCUAACUCUACAGUAGGCGUGUUAUGUUCUUAUAACCCUGAUUGAAUGUAUGAUGUGAACCGACUUUAAGUAACCAGCAUUGAAUUCCAUUAGCAUCUGCUACCAAGUAGAAAAAAAUGUAAACUGCAGUGUUUUAGUUGGCAAUCUAAAAUUUUAAUUUCUGGAUUUCUCAGGAUAUUAGCUGUAUUAUCCUAUUUUUUCUUUUACUGUUAUUUAAUUCAAACCCUAGACUAAGAAGUAUCAUACUGUAACUGAUCACAAUGUGUAUUUUAGUACACUGACUUAGCUUUUAAAUAUAACUGAAUCAAUCUACUGAAUUUUUCAUUCUUCUCAGAUAGGCUUAACAAAUGGAGCAUUCUGUGUAAACGUAGAGAUUAAUCUCAAUCACAUAAUUUGUGUGAAAAAGGAAUGAACAGUUCCACACUGGUAGCAAGAUAUAGAUUAUU